AUGAAUCAGCAAUGGACUCCUCAACAGCAACAACAACAACAACAACAGACACCUCGUACAUAUCAAAUUCAAACUGGUAAACCUUCAAAUAUAACUGGCAUUAUGCAAACGUCACUCAUGAACAAUAAUAAUAAUACCAACAAUAUGCUACGCGUUGUAAAUGGUUCACUAAUUAAUCAGGCAUCGGGAAAUGGUAGUAUAGUUCUUCAUACACCACAACAAAUUGUUCAUUCACAAUCAGUUGGUAGUGCGU